AUGUGCCGCGCACACGGGGUUCAUGCAAACAGGCUUCUUUCCCUCGGUGGUAGAGAAGGCCCAGGACAACAGAUCAAUGGCGACUACGAGCUUGUGGAGGGAGUUCGGCCCCAUGGUCGGCCUUGCUGGCUCCGAAGAGGCAAACCCCUUCUGACCACCAACAGCAACGGCUUGGCAGAGCAUGAUGGUGAUGAACGCCCACUGUACCUGUUCUUCGGCGAGAUGGGCUACUGGAACAUCGCCGGCUCUGUGCUUGCUGCCGGUGUCCAUGUUCUGGCUCGGAGUGGCCCGGACUUUCUGUCACCCUCACCGGACGUGUGUCCAAUGCCAUGGACGGUCUUCGCAUUUGGGAAGGCGACCAAAGAUCCCAGCAUUGUUUGCUUCAGACAUGACAUCUCCAUCAGGGUUCCAGAGGCUGUCCAUGUGACUGGCUGCAGAGGGGACCAUGGCCAGCUCAAUGGAAACUAUCAGCAUUUGCAAGGCGUCCGGAUGGGCAGCCGACCCAUUUUCGUCAAAGAUGGCUUCGGUGCUCGAGGAGAGGAAGAGAGGAAAGUUCUGCACUUCAACCAGCGUGCCGGAAAAUGGUUCAUCUCCAGCGUCAUUUUGAGCGCGUUAGAGGAGCACUGCACCAACAAAUGUAAAUAUUCUCAGGAGUUGUGUUCACUUUUGCUGUGUUUUCUCGCAGGAAGAACAGAUUAG